CUCCGAGACGCUCCGGAGGAAGGAGGCUCUGUGGAAACUGUGGAAACCGGAGGACAUGCGGCGUCUCCUGCAAACUUCACCCGAAAGUAACUUCACUCCGAGCUGAACAAAGACCUCGAGGGAAGGGAGGAGGCAGAAUGAACUGAAGAGGAGAGGAAGAGGAGGAAGAGGAGGCAGAGGAGGAGGAGGAGGAGGAGAGCCGUUCACUCCCAUUGAUCCUGCACCGAGGGCGGCUGUAGUAAAUAUGCAGGCUGCUGCUGCUGCUGCUGCUGCUGCUCUGGCUCUGACUGUCCUCUUCAACCUGGACGGCCUCAGUGCCCUGCAGUCCAAACCCAGCACCCAGAACCACGAGGACGGACACACUCAGAACAAUGAGACAGAACCGGAGCAGAAGAAGAAGAAGCAGCCGCACAUCAUCUUCAUCCUCACAGACGACCAGGGCUUCAAUGACAUCGGCUACCACAACCCCACCAUCAAGACGCCCACUCUGGACAAACUGGCGGCGGAGGGAGUGACGCUGGAGAACUACUACGUUCAGCCCAUCUGCACGCCGUCACGCAGCCAGCUCCUCACGGGCAGGUAUCAGAUCCACACAGGACUGCAGCACUCCAUCAUCAGGCCCAGCCAGCCGAGCUGUCUGCCCUCGCACAUGGACACGCUGCCCGAGAGGCUCCGAGAGGCCGGAUACACCACACACAUGGUCGGCAAGUGGCACCUGGGCUUCUACAGGAAAGCUUGUCUGCCGACCAGAAAGGGCUUCGACAGCUUCUUUGGUUCUUUAACAGGAAGUGUGGAUUACUACAGUUACGGGUCGUGCGACGGCCCGGGGGUGUGUGGGUACGACCUUCACGAGGACGAGGGCGUCGCCUGGGGCCACGAGGGGAAAUACUCCACCAUGCUGUUCACGCAGAGAGCUCGCAAGAUCCUGGAGAGCCACGACCCGGCAGGCAGGCCGCUCUUCCUGCUGCUCUCCCUGCAGGCCGUCCACACCCCUCUUCAGCCUCCGAAGCCCUACAUCUACCCCUACCGGGACAUGGCUAACGUGGCCAGGAGGAAAUACGCCGCCAUGGUGUCCACGGUGGACGAGUCGGUCCGAAACCUCACCUACGCUCUCAGGAAGUACGGCUACUACAAGAACAGCGUCAUCAUCUACUCCACGGACAACGGGGCCCAGCCGUUUACAGGAGGCAGCAACUGGCCACUGAGAGGCCGCAAGGGCACGUACUGGGAGGGGGGGGUCCGCGGCGUGGCCUUCGUGCACAGUCCUCUGCUGAGACGCAGAAGAAGAGUCUCCAAAGCUCUGCUCCACAUCACGGACUGGUUCCCCACCCUGGUGGGUCUGGCUGGAGGAAACAUCAGCCAGAGUCGAGGCCUGGACGGUUUUGACGUGUGGUCGACCAUCAGUGAGGGGAAGGAGUCGCCUCGUCAGGAGAUCCUUCACAACAUCGACCCCCUGCACAAAGCGCCGGCUCAAACCAUGAAAUGGGACGCCGACACCGACGGAGACUCAGGACGCUUAUCGAAACGUCGGACAUUCAAGAAGCCGAAGAAGAAGAUUCUGAAGAAGCAACCGAAGAAGAAGAUUCUGAAGAAGCAACCGAAGCAGAGGUCAGCGCUCAAGCUCAAGAGCAUGAAGAAACCUCAGACAUUUCCUCAUCGUGUCCAGAAACCAAAGUCCAAACUGAAAGUUAAACCUCUCCCAAAAAAGAAGCCCAAACCUAAACCUCAGACCAAAGACUACGCUCAGCAUCAGUCCGAUCACAGGUUCAAGUACCGCUCCGCUCGUCUUCCACCCGCAUCAGGAACAUCUGACCCCAAGUCUCAGCCUCGGGUCCAGUCAACUUUAACACCCAAGUCCAGACGGACCACAUCCCAGAAGCAGAACUCAGGAUCAAUUCAGCCAAACUCCAAGACUCAGCUCAAAUUCCAUUUAAAGUCAAAGUCCAGGAGGACGGUGUCCCAGCACCUGAACGAGUCCCAGCCUGGGACGUCCCCGCCCACACCCCACACAACGCUCCAGUUCAACCCUGAGCCCUCGCAGACCCUGUGGGACACGUCGGUCCAGGCUGCCAUCAGGGUCGGAGACUGGAAGCUGCUGACGGGAGACCCAGGUCACGGAGACUGGGUCCCGCCUCAGGUUCUCCCCACUCUCCCUGGUCGCUGGUGGAACCUUGAACGCACCUUCCCGUCCUUCCACAAAUCCUCCACCCACAAAAACAUCUGGCUGUUCAACAUCACCGGCGACCCGUACGAGCGGCAGGACGUGGCGGACCAGAGGCCAGAUGUGGUCCAACAGCUGCUGGCUCGGCUCGCUUACUACAACCAGACGGCCGUGCCGGUUUACUUCCCGCCCGACGACCCUCGAGCCAACCCCAGUCAGCACGGCGGCGCCUGGGUGCCCUGGGUGGACGAGGAUGAGGAAGAGGAGGGGAAGUAUCAGGGGGUUUACAAGAAAGGGAAGAGCAGCAAGAAGAAGAGGAAGAAGAAGAGGUGCCCGCUGUGCAAGCUGAAGUCGUUCUUCCUGAAACUGAACACCGGGAUGAUGUCCAAUCGGAUCUGAGGCUUCCACUCACGACAUGAACGUGACUUCAGCACUUUGAACUUUUUGUCUCGUUAACCCUUAACUUCAAUGAAAAAAGUGGUAACCGUGGUAACCAAGUGAGUGAAUUCCACGACGUUCAGUCGACGUCUUUCAAGAACUUUAUCAAACGUGUCCGUUCACUGGCUUCACUCGGUUCCUUUUUUAUAUUCUCUAAACUACUUCAUUUUAAGUGUAUAAAUAAAGGUGGAUGAUGCGUCUCCGCUUGUUGUCACUGCGUAAAAGUGAAGCCAAAAGCGCAGCCGCAUCACCGCCUCCUGGUGGACUGAAGUGGAACAGCUUGUUGUAGCCAUCAGUUGUAUGACUUUUACCGCAGCCGGCCACCAGGAGGCGAUCCAGAUGAUUUGGCUUCACUUCGAGGAGCCGUCAUGUAGAAUCUAUGAGACAAAUCCAGAUGUUAUCGUCAUACAUGUGCUGUCAAAUAUCUCAUCUGAGAUUUUUUUUUUACAUUUAAAUUUUAUCGUUCAUAAACUGACGGAGUUCUUGAAACAAGAACCGACUGUGAUUGUAAAAUGUUAAUUUACACUGUAAACAAUUAAAAUGUGUGAAACAGAAAGACUCAUUAAAGUGAUAUUGUGAGUUGAUGUUUACAGUAAGUGUCAUAGAUCUACAAAUCCAGAUGUUCAUAGUGACAGUGCAUGAUCCUGAUGUUAAAUCACUAUGGUUGUUUUUCUUUGGUCAUAAACAAGAAAACAUCACAGAGGAGUUUAUAUAUUUUUUAUGUUUUCACUUUAUUUCCAGUGGUUUCAGAUGUUUUUGUACUUUUGAUUUUCAGAUAUUAUAAUGUGUUGGUUUUCUAUGUGUGACACAGGCCUCCAGAUACUGUGGUUGUUUGAAUGUGUCGUUAGUGACGAGCAUCUUUCUGACUUCAACACAUCCCACUGUGAACAGCAGAAACUGCCAUUUGAACGUAUAUAUUACAUUUUAUGCAAAGAGGUAAAGUUCUGACACAAACGUUCAUAUUUAGAUUUUGAAAUUCAAACAGUUUUAGGGGUCGAGUUGAGUCUCUGAGGUUGUUUGUUUGUUUUAAGUGAUUAUCAGAAGAUGUGUGAACCCAGUGAAAUAAACCAACAGCUAAAUAAAA